AAUCAAUUGAACCAAAUCUAAUAACUAAAAUGGAUCGAUCACCAGGCCGAAGCAUUGUCUUCCGUUGCAUGUCAUGAUACUCAAUGUCGCAGGCCCUUAUGCUAUUUGGAGAACUCUCCCUCCCCAAGAAAAGGGGUGGGAGUGGGCAUGCCGGGAACCUAAAUCCGAGGCGCAACAGACGCCGUACACUUGUGAGAAGGUCCCACAAAUGCACAAGGUUCGGAACUUAUCCAAUUCACAUCUGAUACCACAAAAUCUGAAGAUAAAAUCUUAAAAUCUGCUGUGAUAUCAUAAAAUCUCCAAAUCCAGUCUAGUUUAUAAGAUCAUGAUUUAUUUCUAAAAUCUAUAUCAAUCUCGAAAUGGCUAGCCUUCUAACUCGUCACUUCCAGUGGUUUCCCCGUCCUCGAUUUCGUUUCCUGAAAUAGUGGACAAGAAAAACUAUGAGAUAAACUCAGUAAGUAAAAUAUGGAGUGUCCUUUAUUAAACUUAUAGCAUACCA